AAUAAUUAAUAAUGAAAUUUUUUGAAUUGCAAGAUAACGGUCGUGUUCUAUUUUCUCACGUGUCGUCUUUUUUCCCUUGCUAGGACCAGAACCAUCUUUAUUCAAAUCUAAACACAAUUGUCUUCGCCUGCACUAUUUAGUCAACAGUCAGUCGGGAUACUUCCACAUGUUUCGCUCUACCAACACCAGAUUCUUCAACAACAUGGCGGUGCCCAUCCGCAGCGAAGAAGAAGCCGCAGAAUCGUUAAAGGCCAUAUGCGAAGCGUUCAAAGUGGCUCUGGGCGUCAAAUCCCUCAACGUUCCGUUCUUCGAGGGAAAGUUGGAAAGAAGGAAGAGCAAGAUGCCGUUCGCCCAGGGCGGACUCAACUGCUCCAACAGUUACCGCGGCUCCAACAAGCACGCGCAGGGUCUGGUGCCCUUCCAUCUGGAACUGCCGUCGUUCUCCGCCAUGCCCCGAAACAUCUCCGAGGGUCAGCUCAACGCCCUGAAGUCGGUGGGCACCCGGGCCCUCAACAACAUGACUUCCCACUUUGCCAAACUCAACCCCAUUCGUUCGGUCCGAGGAUUGGGAAAGAGGACCAACGGCCUGACCACCGGACCAUCCCUGGCCGCGGUCAUGGAACCCACCGGAUCACUGCGUCCCCUCUUCCACGUGGAGAGUUCUUCGGACUCGGAAGACGAUUCAAUUCGAAGAAGAAAAAAACAGGGAAGCUCUACGUUCGUUUCUUACAUCAACGACAGGACUUUGAGCUCGGAUUAUUCGGAAUGCAGUGAUCUGGACGAACCCGACUUGACCGUUUCCGAAAGUUUGGAGAGGGACGAAGAAAGUGGUUCUCAGGACACCCUGCUGGAGAGCUGUGGCAUUCUGGCCACCAGCCCCAGUCUGAAAUCCAGCAGCAGUAUUUUGAGUGGUCUGGCUCUAGUGGACGAUCGACAUUCCGCAUUGGACAACCGUCACUCGGAAGUGGACGUCGACGAUUUCGUCUUGGAUGCCAUGAAGAAAGCCACUUUAAGGCAGCUAAGAAGGAAGACGUCGGAGGAAGCGUCCUUUCUGGCGGCGGAAGACGACGAGCGCUCCCACCCUUCCAUGCCGGAAAUCCACGUCAGUUCGGAAAUGAUUCCGUCACACAGCCGAUCCGGCGAAGAUAUAUCCAUGUCGCUGGUCAGAUCGGGACCCAACAGGAAACUCUCCAAGUCGUCCGAGGAUCUGGAUUCCGGCAAGUCGUCGGUCAUUCCUUCCUCUUCGCACGAGGUCACCCACCUUCUGGUGCAGGAGGAAAUGAUUCUCGACACCGAGGGUAUGUCUUCUAAGAUGAAAACGUCGCACAGCGAAAGCGCUAUCCAGGACUUUUCUCUUCCGUCGCUGAAUUUACCCAAUCCUCUCUCUUCUCCCAUCAUCAUCAAGAAGGAUCUAGUGUUAUCUCCGUUGUCUCGUAUCGCUAAAGGCGUCCAGAGCCUGGGCAUGAACUUCAGACCCAACGUCAAGUUGCAACGUUCGCCCGAAACGGAAGAACACAUACAGAUGAGGGAAAAAAGGAAACAGUGUAAAAGUCAUAUUAUCGAACUCUAAAACAAAUCCUUUUUUCUUUCUCUAGUUUGAACACAAACUAUAUACUACAUAAUAUACACACACACAAUAAUUACUCAAAAAACCAACAAAAACUUCAGUAUUCUUAGUUUAUGUAAAUGUGUAGCAUAUACCAAAGAUGUAUAUAUAGUUUUAUAACGGGGAAGACGUUUGUUUUUCGUCUAUUGCCAUUUCAUAAAUACACAAUUUUAUUUGCUUUGUAACGCAUUAAAAAGUCACGGCAGCAGCAGCCCCCCGGGGAGACCGGAAACGAUUCACUUUGGGUGACGGACGGGCCCGAGUGAAAUUUUAUUGUGUUCAAAUUAGUUUAAGAAGUGUAAAUGUUUAUAUAUAAAGUAUACAUAAAUAUAUAUAUAUAUAUAUAUACAUAUAAUUUGGUAAGAUAGUCACGUGAAUUUGACGUAUAUGUACAUGUGUUGUGAUAUAUUUGUAUUGGUAUAUGUGACGUGAAAGAUGAUUAUUUAUAUUUAUUCGUAUCCGCUUGGGGAAGAGAAAAGUAAAAAAAUAUAUUCUACAUUUUAGAUAACACUUGUUAUAUACAUAAAUACUAUCUAUAUACAAUAUGUAUAAUGCCGAUAUAAUAUAUAAAAAAACGUAUAUAUUAUGUAUAUAUAUACUCGCACAUACACUACGUAUACUUUGUUAACACGUUUCAAAUGUUCCUUUAACUCUGUUACCGGAGGAAACGUCUACUUAAAAGUAAUUCUCACUGCUGUGAUAGUAACCUCACAACAUAAUGUUCUUGUUCGAGGCGCACUGUUUUUUUUGGUUGCUGUAUUUUUGCCUGUUUGACUGCAUUUAAGGAUACGCUCACUUCAGCAAAGGUUUCCGAAAAUAUAUAUAUAAAUGUAUAUUAAAUCAGCACGGGACGAAUAACUUACAUACAAUCAUUCAGAAAGUCAGCUAAAAAUUCUAAUUAUAUAUAAAAAAAAGUAGUGCGAUAUCGAACGUACGUACAUUCCACGAUUAUGCUCAACGGAAGCAUAAGAAUAUCAAAGUGUUUGCAUUGGAACAUUUCGAGUGUAAUGUUCCCGAAAAAUAAAAGUUAUACCUUCCAUCUUUUCUGCCAGUUGUGGGUUUUUUUAUUGUUAAUGUUAAAAAAAUGCAAAUGGUUGCAUUUUAUUAAGGAAAGUCUUCGUUUCUUUACCAACUUUCCUCGUUAAAAUUUAUUUUAAAACACCCGAACCCAGAAACCAUUUAAUUUCCUGCGCAAUUGGGAACAGUCAAUUACUAUUGCCAACGUUUAUGUUAAUUUUGCCACUCGUCC